AUGUCCUGCGAAGCCUCUCUGUCCGUUGGUGGCGUAGUGGGUGGCUUGGCUGUUCUUAAGGGCGCGGCGCUGGUCGGUUACGCGGUGGAGCGUCACCGGCGAUACAACAGGCAGCUCUAUCAUGGCCGUUCUCGCUAUCACAGAGGUUAUAACGGGAGAAGACACUAUCGCUACGGCCGUUCCGUCGAUCCCGACACAGAACAAGACGCCGAUGAAGGCAAGAACAUGCUCCUGUCAAUCGUGGGGCAACUCGACCCCGACGGCUGCAUCCUCAAGAUGCUUUGCAACCUCCAGACGAGGAGUCCCUCCAGCCUCAGCCCAGAGGAGGACCUCCUCGUCGACAUGUUCUCCAACAACACUGAGACCAUGUCCUCCUACAACGCCGCCUUCGUCUACGCCGCAGACCGAACAGCAGCUGAGCGGCCUUCGGAGUGUGGGCUGCGCUCUAACCUCUUCCGAGAAGACGUUGAACGCGAGGAGGACUUCAGUGCCACGCCGCCCAUGGAACAACCCAUGGGCGAGGAAAGGUCUGUCGAUGAGGAGCCCCGAGAGGAACAACAAACCUCGGACGAAGAGCAGCCCAUAGUCGACUAUGUCGAUGACGAAGAAGUGGACACAAAUGUUCUGUCCCUGCAAGAUGAUGAGUUGCCCAGAAAUGAAAUGUUCAUGGAAAAACUGGUAGCCCUAGAUGACGAAAUGUUCCUUGACAAUGGAAUGCCACGCCUUGAGCUGCCCCAAAAUGCUGAAAUGAUCCUUGGUAAUGGAAUGCCCGUAGUUGAGCUACCUCAAAGUGCUGAAAUGAUCCUUUAUAAUGGAAUGCUCCUAAAUGAGCUGCCCCAAAACACUGAAAUGAUCCUUGGUAAUGGAAUGCCCCUAGUUGAGCUGCCCCAAAGUGCUGAAAUAAUCCUUAGUAAUGGAGUGCCCCUACUUGAGCUGCCCCAAACUGCUGAAAUGAUCCUUGGUAAUGGAAUGCCCUUACUGGAGCUGCCCCUAAAUGCUGAAAUGAUCUUUGGUAAUGGAUUGCCCCUAGUUGACUUGGCCCAAACUGCUGAAAUGAUGCUUGGUAAUGGAAUUCCCCUAAAUGAGCUGCCCCUAAAUGCUGAAAUGAUCCUUGGUAAUGGUAUACCCCUACUUGAGCUGCCCUAAAAAGACGAAAUGUCCAUGGAAGAACAAGUACCCCCAUUUGUGGAAUAAUCAAUAUGAAUAUUGUCUAAGAUCGGUAGUUAUGAUUUAGACCAAUAUAUUUAUAGAAAUGAA